AUGCCCGGGUUUCAUGAGGUUGAUGACCCAAAUAUUUGGGCUGCACGCCGAACACACGCCUCCUUUCCCGUCUUGCCGUGUGAGGGCCAGCACGAUCCCCGUGGCUCCUUCUAUUACACUCUGGGCGUAGAGCUCUCGGGUCAACUAAUCAUCACCUCAAUUGCAUCGGGUGGCAAGGCGGAGCGUUCAGGCCUUCGUGUCGGCGACCGCGUUGUCAACUUGAAUGGCAUCGACGCUGCUCACCUCAGCCUCAUUGACGCAGCCUAUAUUCUGCGGAGGGAACAAUCUGACGUGACCCUGAUGCGCGUGGAACACGAGGAUGGGGAAGAAGCGCUGGCCAGAUUGGAGAACAUGGAGUCCUCACCACGAGUCUACGAAAAUCUACGAGAACUGCACCCGCCUACUCCCUUCUGGCAACCAAGGGAACGCCCCACAGCCAGCCACAUUUGCACCAUGUCUCCCUGCCUGGAGGAAUCAGAAUCAGAGGAUAGGGAUAUCAUUUCAUGGGGUCUCAAACUGCGCGCUCCAGGUGCGGUCCACUGUACUCAAUGCCACUCUGCAACAGGACAAUUCCUGUCACAUGGUCGCACUUCUGACGUCAGGGAAACCGCGCCAGCACCAACAGCAGUAGCCACAACGGACUCAGCGGAGGAGGGCAAGAACCGCGUGGUCACCGUGACACGACAUCCUCUUCUUGGAACUGGGAUCAGACUGAUCGGUGGCAAUGCUGUGGGUGUCUUUAUCUCCGAUGUGAAUCCACAGUCAUCGGCUGCGGCUGUUGGUGUAGCGCCGGGAGACGAAAUUCUAGCAGUGAGUUCUGUCAAAUGA